AUGGCGGAAUCCACUGCCAGCGCAAGCCUUCCGUUGGGUCCUCCCACUGGCCCUCCCAUUGGCACUGCCAUGGAACCUCUGGUUGUGUUCGUUGCUCGUGGCGCUCCGGGCCCCACACACGUCGACAUCGGCCAGCUGAAGCACUACCUUCGUCCCGCCCUGAUUGAGCUCCAGGGAGAGUUUGAGCGCAAGUAUGGUAGUCUGGAAGGACAUUCCGACUCGUUUAUGUCUCUGACCGAUAUUCUCAUGUAUGGCCGGAUCCACCGCUGCGACAUCAUGUUUGUCUUGAACCACUGGGACGCCAUCACCUCCGACGGACCGAGUUUUGCCAAUAUCUUCAAAGGUUUCACCGACGUCAGAGUGACCAUUCGCGUCCACGGCACAAUUUCAGUGGACCACAAUAGCGAAUUCCACGACCUCGACGCCCACAAAGUUAGCGCUCACUACCAAGGCUUGAUCCGACUGGAAGAACAGUUUCUUAUUGAUGAUGCACUGCGUUACGUGGUCAGAGUCGAAGAAGUCCGUGGAGUCAGGAUCGGAGUGGAGGAGUCGGUUAACCUGAUGAGGGAAUUGACUGGCGAACCUGAGGAACAGCUGCUGGAGAGAGUGCAGUGGAUUCUUUGA